UCUCGCUCCUCACCUCUCCUGAGUCCAAAUCCUCUCUACCGACACCAUGGGCUGCUGUGGUUGUGGAAGUUGCGGCGGCUGCGGCGGCGGCUGCGGCGGCGGCUGCGGCGGGGGCUGCGGCGGCGGGGGCUGCGGCGGCUGCAACAGCUGCAGGUGCUACCGGGUGGGCUGCUGCACCAGCUGCUGCCCCUGCUGCUACGGCUGCUGCGGGGGCUGCUGCAGCGUCCCCGUGGUCUGCUGCCACCGCCGCACCUGCAGCUGCCACUCGUGUGGCUGCGGCGGCGGGAAGGGCUGCUGCCAGCAGAAAGGCUGCUGCCAGCAGAAGGGCUGCUGCCACAAGCAGUGCUGCCACUGAGUGGCUGGUAGGCUCUGCUUCCCAGGGUAAGAGAUGUUGGGGGCACAGCUCACAGCGUUUGGUAAGACUUCUCCUUGGACUUCGCUCCUGUCUCUGAUGGUAAAGAAUCUGCCUGCAACGCAACAGACCCAGGUUCAAUUUCUGGGUCAGGAAGAUCCCCUGGAGAAAGGAAUGGCAACCCACCCCUGUAUUCUUGUCUGGAGAAUUCCAUGGACAGAGGAGCCUGGUGGGCUACAGUCCAUGGGGUAGGGUCACAAAGAGUCGGACAUGAUUGAGUGACUAAUACUUUGACUUUUCUUUUUCCCUCCAUCCCUCCCGCCCACUGCCUCCUGUCCCAGGUACCUGGUUGCUUUGUAACUGCUGGUUCUGCCCCUUUACUCUGAGGUUUCAGGGCUUGUUCUUUCCCUUUAUCAUGUGUGGUAUCAUGAUGACAUUAAUUUCUGCUCCCUGUAUCUUCAGAACUCAGCAUACAGAGGUAUCUAUUUUCUCUCACCUUUGUAUUCUUGUCUCCACUUGGAAAAAAGAAAAAGAUGAAAGAUGAGCAUUUAUUAUCAACAUUAGUGCUUGGGAACACAGCCACUCAUGUUAAAAUCUACUUAUAUUAUAAAUAUAACAAAAUAAAAUAAAGAUAGGUAAUAAUUCAUUUCUUUAGAAAACAUUACAUUUGAUGGACUUUUUAUUCUUUUCUAUUGUCCAUUUACUAACUUUUCCCCUGUUUCUGUAUCGUUUAAAAAAAAAAAAAGGAACUCUUUCUUGAUUAAAAGUGAUCUUUCUUUA